AUGUCCAUGUUGUCGUGCCGUGUGUUGUGUCUGUUGGCCAUUGUGCUCUGCUGUGUGGGUGUGACUGGCACUACGGGCACUUCUCAGGAUCAGCAGGUAUCUGCAAAUAAUAAUGUUGCCGCUGCAACGAGUGAGUCAAGUGCUACUGGUGGAGUUACAUCAGCAGCAGCAGCAGCAGGAGUAUCAACAGUGUCAGAUGGAAAGAUCUCCGAGAGUGUCAAGGAGGCUCUGCAAGUCGCUAACAAACUGAUGGAGAGUAUUACAGCAGCACAGACAAAGGCGACGAUUGCUGUAGAUUCCUAUGACAGUGCUGUGCAGAAUAUUACUGAUGCACGGACAGAAGCAACUAAUGCUCUGGAAUACGCAAAGGAAGCGGAAGACGAAGUGGAUAAAAACGGGGGGAAAAUCGUGAAUGAACUGACGCAUAUUCGUGAGAAAAAGCAGACGGAACUGGACCGGAUUUGGUUGGAAAAGGAGGAGAAACUGAAACAGAUUCGGCAGAAAAACCUUGAGGAAUCACAAAUCAAAAAAACUGCAUUACUACAAGUCCAAGCAGCUUCAGUUUCUGAAGAACAAAGCAAAAUAACAGAGUCUAUUGAAAACAAAAUCACCAGUGCGACUGAAAAACUCAUAUCUAUGAGUGAAAAAGUGAAUGCAACUGUUCCUCUACUUGAAACGGCAGUAACUGUUGUGACUGAGCUGCAGACUAAUGCUGCUGCUGUGUUGGAGGAGGCCAAUAAGGUGGUGAGUGCAGCGCAAAGUGUCGAGACCACAACACGCGGCACAUCGGAAACCGCAAAGAAGACACACACAGCAGCCACAGAGGCAGUGCAGAAGGCAACAGAGAUGCAAAAGAAGAUCACGGUGGCAACAGAGAAGGCUACUAAAGCAGUGGAACUCGCAAAGGCAGCAGUAACGACAGUAACGGCGGCAAGGGAUAACUUCAACGCAGAGGCUGAAAAAGCAAGGAAUACAGUGGAUAUACCUACUAAUAUUACGUUUGACUCUCUCCGAAAUGAAACAAAUAAGAGCGUAAAAGUGGUAACACGAAGUUCUGUUUCUACGGCAGUGCCUCCCGCAGAGCUAACACAACAUGCAGGAGCGGUUCUCACUGCUAUCACUGUCUCCGAUAAUGACAAGGCGACAGAGAAAGCAACUGCGAAAAGAAAAGAAUUACAGUUAACUGCAUCGUUGAGUAAGAAACUCGCGGAAGGAAUGUCUUCCAAGCUGAAGGAAGUGCUAGACGCCAUACGUAGUGUGCAGGAUAUGGCGAAGCAGACAAGUGAUACUCUCCAUGCGGCGAAAGAGUCGGUAAGUGUGACGGUAAGUUCCCUCAAGGAUGUUGAAGAAGCAGUGAAGAAGGCGGAAGAGGAAAAAGCAACGGCCCUAAAAAAUAAAAAGGAUGGAACUGUUGUUGCUUCUACCAGUAAGGAUGGCAGCAGCAGCCCUGCGUUACUGCGUGUUCCACUCCUGCUGCUGCUGCUGCUCUCUGUGCUGGGCUGCAUGACUGUGUGCUGA